CCGUAGCUUGUCCGGCCGGGGGCCUGGGCGCGUACGUCUUGCCCUUGACUUUACAUGUUUCAGGGCUGUGCGCGUUCACGUUUGCGGCAGUUUCUGCGCUCACGCCACCAUGACCUCUGGCUUAGUGGACGGAGGGCGGCGCUGCGUCAUGUCAGCAUUUGUUUUGUACAUAGCGAACUUUCUGCCAUUCGCUAAUUGUAGAACUCCAGUUCCAGAAUGUAGUAGGGGAGAGGGGUUGCGGUAGCCCCCGUAACUAGAGCGCAGAAGGUUGCAUUGGCGCUGUUAUGAGCGCUAAAUUUGACUCUAGUAUUUAUGUGUUGCAUGUGUGCAUAGAGCUGUCAUCUUUAGUAACUACUUCCCAGAGCUGUUACAUGUCCGGACAGCUGCUGUUCACAAAGUAACUUCUAAUUGCUAUAGGGUUUAAUGCGCAGUUUCUGCGCCUGGAGCCAAAAUCGGGUACCAGUGAUUUGCUAAUGCUUAUGACAAGGCAUUGUUUACACCAGUGGAAAAACAAUGGCUUAGAAAAGGCAGAUCCCACCUCCAGCAAAUUGCAGAACACACCACUACCUUGUUUCUUGCAAUGCUUUCAGUAAGAAUCCAGGAAGCGCAGGAAGAAACACAGUUCAGUCUUUCAAAUGUUCCUGUACUCAUACAGGCGCAUAUCAGGAUGGCUUCCCAGUUGGCUUCCUGCCUGGUGUCCUACAUCAAUACCUCAUCUUGAAGAAGCAGAAGAGAAAAUGCUUAAGAGUAUAACGCGUAUAUACAGUAAAGAACACAUAGUUAUAUCUGAUGGAAAUAGGGUAUGGACCCUGUCAUUUAAACAAACAUUAUCAAAUAAAACCCCACUUGUUCUGCUACAUGGAUUUGGAGGAGGAGUUGGACUGUGGGUGCUCAACUUUGAAAAUAUUUGCAGAGACAGAACAGUUUAUGCAUUGGACAUCUUGGGAUUUGGACGUAGUAGUAGGCCACACUUUGAAGGAGAUGCAGAGAAAGCUGAGGAACAGUUUGUACAGUCUAUCGAAGAGUGGCGGAAUACGUUAGGUCUGGAGAAAAUGAUUUUGCUUGGACAUAAUCUUGGUGCAUUUUUGGCCUCUGCUUACUCUUUAAAGUAUCCUUCACGGGUAAAAAGUAUUAUUUUAGUGGAGCCAUGGGGAUUCCCAGACAGACCUGGUAAUGCAGAUGAAGGAAGACCAAUUCCUAUCUGGAUUAAAGCAGUAGGAGCUAUGCUGAGUCCAUUUAAUCCACUAGCAGGGCUUCGUCUAGCCGGACCUUUAGGUUUAAGCCUUGUGCAGCGUUUACGGCCAGAUUUCAAGAAAAAGUAUUCCUCAAUGUUUGAUGAUGAUACAGUAACAGAAUAUAUCUACCACUGUAAUGCACAGUCACCAAGUGGUGAGACAGCUUUCAGGAAUAUGACAGUUCCAUAUGGUUGGGCACAAAGACCAAUGCUGCAGCGUAUUGACAAAAUGCACCCAGACAUUCCCAUCACUGUGAUUUACGGUGCGCGAUCUUGCAUUGAUGGCAAUUCCGGAAGCACCAUACAGUCAUUGCGACCAAACUCCUACGUGAAGACCAUUGCAAUCCGUGGUGCAGGUCAUUAUGUUUUUGCUGAUCAGCCGGAGGAAUUCAACCAAAAAGUAACAGAGAUAUGUGAUUCUGUGGACUGAUUUCUUUUUAUAUGAUUCAAAAGACAGAACUGCUCUCUUGGAGCUUCCUUCAUGCAAGCACUGCACCCUCCUAUUGUCAGCAGGACUGAAAUAACGGAAUGCAAAGAGCAUGUCAUUGCUCCAUCUGCUGAAAUGUUGGUGCUUCUCCCUUUGAAAGACAUUUGCACACUUGAGCCAGAAUUUGUGCCUUUUUUAGCAUGUAUUUAGCAUUGUACAGAUAUGCAAACAUUUAUAUUUAUAAUGUACAAUUUGAGAGAGUGCUAUCUACUUUUGUGAUAAAUAUAUAUUUACAGAACAAUAUUAUAGUCAUUUAUAUAUUAACUGAAGCAUUUGGCCUAAGCUGGCAUGUUCCAAGGACUUCUUAUGCCUUUUAAGGCACUGAUAUUCUUACUCCACAUAUGCUGUGACGCUGUCACUACUGAAGAACCUAUGUCACUUUUUGUAUUUAUUUUUUUAUUAUUAACUUCAUAUGACUGUGCCAAAUACUUCUUUUAAAAAGUACAUAAGGUUUAGCAUUGGGCUUGCCUUUUUUUGUGUGUGCAUCUAUUGCAGUUCCUCAUUUGUUCUAUGUGCUUCCACCAACCUGAGCCAGUCAAAGCAACUCUAGGUAGCAAAGCCACCUGCAAAAACGCUCCUUUGUAAGGCUAAGCUGAUACUUUAACUUGUUAGGAAUUAAAGUUGCAUUUUGUAUGUAAAUGUUUUACACCAUUUAGCAUUUCAUGUCACUAAACUUUUUUUUUCUACUGCAUAUAAGGAAAAUCUGCAUAAGAAUUUAUUAGGGUGUUAUUUGAUGUUUUACAUGGACAAAUUGCAUUAGCGAGCCUGUUUGCUGCUAAAAAAAAAAAAAAAAGUAACAAUUUCUUCUAUUUACCCCAUUAACUAGGUCCUCUACAUUCAUUCUUGUAGCACACAGAAUCUUUGUCAACCCAAACUGGUUGAUUACAGUAUC